UCUUUGCCUGGAAUCGGAGCCCUAAUCCUCCCUCCCUAUUUCGAUCCGGCAAGGAGCUGAGCUCUGCCAGUGGAGGCAGUGCCUUUCCGAAACAGUUUAUCUUUGGAAGGAUUUCUUCAAAAGAAAAAGAAACCAACAGGUUGCCAACCCCGGCGCCAAACAUCAGUCUGAGAGGCAAGCCGCAGCUCGGCUCUCCUGCCCGCUCGGACCGGCGGCUGGAGGCGAGGCGAGGGGAGGGACGCGGCGAUGGCUCGGCCUGACCUGUCGGCGCCGCCCCCGCUGCUGCUGCUGCUGCUGGCUCAGCUGGCCGGUCGGGCGUCGGCCGCCUCGAAGGCCCCGGUGUGCCAGGAGAUCACGGUGCCCAUGUGCCGUGGCAUCGGCUACAACCUGACGCACAUGCCCAACCAGUUCAACCACGACACGCAGGACGAGGCAGGCCUGGAGGUGCACCAGUUCUGGCCGUUGGUGGAGAUCCACUGCUCGCCCGACCUGCGCUUCUUCCUGUGCUCGAUGUACACGCCCAUCUGCCUGCCUGACUACCACAAGCCGCUGCCGCCGUGCCGCUCGGUGUGUGAGCGCGCGAAGGCAGGCUGUUCGCCACUCAUGCGCCAGUACGGCUUCGCCUGGCCCGAGCGCAUGAGCUGCGACCGCCUCCCGGUGCUCGGCCGCGACGCCGAGGUCCUGUGCAUGGAUUACAACCGCAGCGAGGCCACCACGGCGCCCCCCAAACCCUUCCCGGCCAAGCCCACGCUCCCAGGCUCUCCAGGGGCGCCUGCCUCCGGGACUGAGUGCGCCGCCGGGGGGCCGUCGGUGUGCAAAUGCCGCGAGCCCUUCGUGCCCAUCCUGAAGGACUCGCACCCGCUGUACAACAAGGUGCGGACAGGCCAGGUGCCCAACUGCGCGGUGCCGUGCUAUCAGCCUUCCUUCAGCCCUGACGAGCGCACGUUCGCCACCUUCUGGAUUGGUCUGUGGUCCGUGCUGUGCUUCAUCUCCACCUCCACUACGGUGGCCACCUUCCUCAUCGACAUGGAGCGCUUCCGCUAUCCUGAACGUCCCAUCAUCUUCCUGUCCGCCUGCUACCUGUGCGUGUCGCUGGGCUUCCUGGUGCGCCUGGUCGUGGGCCACGCCAACGUUGCCUGCAGCCGCGAGCACAGCCACAUCCACUAUGAGACCACGGGCCCGGCGCUCUGCACCGUCGUCUUCCUGCUAGUUUACUUUUUCGGCAUGGCCAGCUCCAUCUGGUGGGUCAUCCUGUCACUCACCUGGUUCCUGGCGGCCGGCAUGAAGUGGGGUAAUGAGGCCAUCGCGGGCUACGCGCAGUACUUCCACCUGGCCGCGUGGCUCAUCCCUAGCGUCAAGUCCAUCACGGCAUUGGCGCUGAGCUCUGUGGACGGGGACCCGGUGGCUGGCAUCUGCUACGUGGGCAAUCAGAACCUGAACUCAUUGCGUGGCUUCGUUCUGGGCCCGCUGGUGCUCUACCUGCUGGUGGGCACGCUCUUUCUCCUGGCGGGCUUCGUGUCGCUCUUCCGCAUCCGCAGCGUCAUCAAGCAGGGCGGCACCAAGACCGACAAACUGGAGAAGCUCAUGAUCCGCAUCGGCAUCUUCACACUGCUCUACACGGUCCCCGCCAGCAUCGUGGUGGCCUGCUACCUGUAUGAGCAGCACUACCGCGAGAGCUGGGAGGCGGCCCUCACCUGUGCGUGCCCGGGCCCCGACGCCGGCCAGCCGCGCGCCAAGCCCGAGUACUGGGUGCUCAUGCUCAAGUACUUCAUGUGCCUGGUGGUGGGCAUCACGUCGGGCGUCUGGAUCUGGUCCGGCAAGACGCUGGAGUCGUGGCGGCGCUUCACCAGCCGCUGCUGCUGCCGCGGGCGGCGGGGCCAGAAGAGCGGCGGCGCCACGGCCACCGGGGACUACGCUGAGGCGAGCGCCGCGCUCACGAGCAGGACCCGGCCGCCGGGCCCAGCCGCCGCUUACCACAAGCAGGUGUCUCUGUCGCACGUGUAGGAGGCAGUGGCCGGUGGACUGGGG